AUGCAACGUGCUCCCACCAUUGGAGGCCAAGCGGGUCUUGCAACAGCGGUGGAACCCACUUCGGCAGAUCGGCUUGAUCAUGUUGGCAAGCUUCUCGCCGAAAAGAAACCCUGGCCCGCCUUCCUGCACAUCACAGCUCGAGCCACGGAGGAGUGGGAGGCUUGCCCCACCCCCGUCCAGGAGGCUCUGGUAUGGAUGGCGACAGCGACAGUUGGGCUGCUCGACACUGCGAGCGUAGGGCCCUUAGUGCCCGUGUGCCAGACGUUCAAGACGUUGAUCGAGGCUGCAGAAGAUGCAGAGGAGUCCGAGGACAAACUAUGCAAGUACGACGAGGCGGAUCCGCUGUACGUCCGGGCGCUGGAGAUUCUGAGUGCAACCCCCUUACUAUGCCUCAGUGCUAAACGACCGGGCGGUAUUGCAGGGCGAGUACUCGAGGGCAGAGGCUCUGUACGAGCGGGCGACAGACAUAUGGGAACAAGCUCUCGGUUCUGA